AUGACUGUGGGCAUUCUUGGCCAUAUCAACGGUCCGGUGACUAAGCUCAACCUCUCAACCUCGACCUCGACCUCGACCUCAGCCUCAGUCCUUUUACCUACUACCUACUACCUACUACCUCUCACUAUCCCCAGUAGUUCGACAUCCUGGCCCCCAAAAACCACGGACAUUACGACGCACACAUACUGCGACAGACACACGGCGCCCCAACAUUCCCCACAUUUUCAAUAAAAUGUAAACCAAACGAUUCUCCGGAUUCUUUCAAUUCUUGUUCCGAUUUGUAUUCUCCAUUCAUUCCUUAAACAAAAAAAAAAACCGAAAGAAACGUUAGCCUACGUAAUACUGUAUCCGCAAUCAAUGCACUUUCCAUAACUUUCUUAACUUAUUAUAUUAUUUAUCUAAAAAAAUAAAACCAUUUUGUGAUAUUCUUUUUUGUGUUUAGUCAUAGGUUGAUACCAACAAAAAAAAAAUAGAAAAGAAAAAAAACCAAAACAAAAAGUAUGCAAAACCCAUAGACAAGUAAAUCUUAAAAAAAAAAAAAAAAACAAAAAGCAAAUAAAACCAAUAUUUAUUAGAGCACAGCUUAUAAUUUGUGUUGAAUGUUUAGUUUGCGUUGAUUUUAAGCAAAUAUAGUUUCAAAGCCUAGACACUCAGGAUUUAGUUCAAAUAUUAGUUUAGUCGAUGAGUUGUAUUUGCGCAUACUCGCUUGAGAGAAGUCCCCCGCACA